AUGUCUUUUCGUCACUUCAGCCGCCGUAGCCGCGUGAAGUGGACACGUGCGAGGCGCCGUGUGCUAAUUUUCCUUGUUCUUAUUUUGAUGGUGCCUGUGUGUGUAUGUUGUGGCUUACUAUAUAAAACCCUUGGCUCAUCCAGCCGUGUAGGCGAGGCACCCACUCCAAUUUCCAAAAAAACUGCAGAAGAUUCACAAGUGGCUGCAGUGGAUUACAUUCUCCCACAAGAGUACGUUGAGGCGCUACGAACGUUUGCGAACAAUUUACUCCUGAAGGAAAUUGAAGGAGACCCUUGGCAACCAUCGGGUAAGUUCACAGACAUCAUUGCCAAGCCAGGGCUGGGUGUGCCUUUGCCGUACAAUCUUGCAACUGUCAAUUCAUCAAAACGAGGCGAAUGGGAGGCGUGCGAUAGACGCAACGCAGAGUUUACGGUGGAACGUGAUGAACUUUGCAAGGCGUACCUUAGCAAUCUGAACAACAUGCGCUACAUUAAGGCCAUGUCGUCAAAGCUGUUGUACGGGCGCACGAUAAAGUUUAGGAUUACAUAUGCCCAUAAUGGAAUCAAAGCGCUAGUGAAGGUUUCUCAGGGUAGGUUUUACUUCGAGGCCAGUAGUGAGGUAGCUGCUUUUAGUGUUGAUCGCGCCCUGAACUUGUCACGAGUUCCCACAACAGUGUUAGUUGCUCUUCCCGUGGAGCAUAUGCAAGCCGCUGCCGCAACUUCCCCUCUCCUCUCGCAGUGGGCGUCGAACACUAUUUUUGAAGAUAAGAACAUCAAAGAGGACUUUGUGUCUUGCACAAAUUCUUCACGACACCCACCGUUUCGUGCUUCACUUUGCGCCUACGUUUCUGUUCAACUAUGGAUGCAUGAUGUCCAUCCAGCAUUGGAAACUUUUUUGGAGCUGCCGUAUAAGUAUGACAAUGCCUUUGCCAAGAAGUAUUUCAUUCCAGGAAGUUCAUUUUGGCCUCCAAAGAGCGCGAGGUUGCGGGCUAUCGGUGAGCUUAAUGACCGUUUUAUUUUCGACUUCAUCAUUGGUAAUAGUGAUCGCGGUAUGAAUGACCACAACAACUUUGUGUACGGUGGCUGCGGUCGUGAAACCGUUUGUGACCGACCAAUGAAGGACAAACGCAUCAAGGGACUCGCCAAGUACGCUUUUCUUGAUCACGGUAGCGGUUUUUAUUCACGUGCUGAUCCCAGUAAUAAUCCCUUCUCUGGGAAUGUAGCGAAUAUUUCCAUUUGCCGCUUCAGGCGUGGAACAUAUGAUGCACUGAAGGCGUAUGAUGAACCGGAUUCAUUAUAUCGUACCCUUCCGCUGGUAGCGCAUGUGCGGAAGGUGUUACACCCUUUUGUCUUUAACAUGUUAGGCCUCACAAUUUUUUUUACAAUGCAAUCGCGGCUAGAGAAGGUUUUGCGUGUUGUGGAGCAAUGUCUGAAGAAAUAUUCACCAGAGGAGGUGUUUAGCCUGCCAGCUUAUUGGGAGAUUAAUAUCCCUGAGGAAUGGGAGGGAUUAGAUGAACUGCCGGAUUUUGUGGAUCCGGACGAUGAUUAA